CAAUCUUUGAAGGACGCCAGUACAGACCCCAAAGCCCAUUCGAAGACUCUUCUCUUGCCAAAGACUUCAUUUCCGCUCUGGGUAGACUCAGCAAAGUCCAAGUCGUUGCUGAGAAGUAAGACUUGCCAACAGCUGUAUCGAUGGCAGACUCAGAAUGCGCACGAACCACUCUUUGCUCUGCUCGAUGGCCCUCCUUACGCGAGCGGUCACCUUGACAUUGGACAUGCUUUAAAUAAGAUUAUAAAAGACAUCAUCAACAGGUAUCAAGUCUUGACAGGUCAUCGAGUACGCUACCACCCUGGCUGGGAUUGCCAUGGUUUACCUAUUGAAAAUAAGGCUCUACAGGAGUUGAAGUUUUGCAUAAUGGCCGAUUGGAGUCCAAAAACGACCUUCCGCACACUUGACCAUGGCUAUGAAAUUUGUCAGCUUCAGGUAUUUCAGCCAAUGGUAGAGCAAGGUCUUAUUUACCGGCACUACCGACCAUCCAUGCGACCUUUCUGCUGGACUCGCAUACUGAAAUCGCGAGCGCUGCUCUUCGAAAAGUCUUGAACAAGGAGCCUUUGGCAAGUUUGUUAGUAUGGACCACUACACCUUGGACUCUAACAGCAAACAUGGUGUGCGUGAGUUUUUCUCAAUUUUAGCAUCCUCAUAGUAUCCUUCGUUAGGGCAUUGCUAUUCAUCCAGAAUUGACUUACAGUUUCAUGCGCUCAUCUAUCAAGGAGGAUGCCCUUGUUGUUGUGAAAGAUCGUCUUGUCACGCUGGAGCACCUCAUCGGACCCUACGAGGUUAUUGCUGAAAUCAAGGGCGCAGAUCUGGCAUCAAGCUUAACGACAGUAA